UGAAGUGAAAGAAUAGGAAUCAAACAAAUUGAGGUGGAUCCCAUCCACACUCAUUUGAUCAUUAAGUCAAAAGAACUAUUCUCACCUUCCCUCACCCCUCACCCCUGCGGCCAGAACCUCAAGAAAAGAAGCCAAGAAAAUUCUCCAUCUCCUUUCUCCAUUGUUGAAGGGAGCUCAACAAGAAGGAAUCCCAAGAAAAGGAGCUAAAGUGCUAAAAGUGUGAAAAGAUUAAGGAACUUGUGAAAGGUAUUUCAAGUGAUUUCACAAAGUUGGUAAGGUCGCCGGAGUUGUCGCCGGAGUUGACCGAAAGUCGCCGGAGUUUCACCGGAGUUCCACCAAGAGGGGUAGAACUUCAUAACGCUAGUUCAAGGUUGAAGCUAGGGCUUGCUACCUGCACCUUUCUACGGGUGACAUCAAAUCAAGGAAGACGUGAAAUGGAGGGCAGGCGAAUGCGGACCAGGAACAAUCCGAGGGGGCAGGCGCCGGUAACAUCCCAAAGGGGAAGCCGGGCUGCAUCUCGGGGUUCAAGAGGAGGCCGUGGAGGCCGUGGAAGCCGUGGAGGUUAUCAAGCUCAAACUGUGAGUGAUGGCCAUGUAAGCUCGGUGUAUGAAACCAACACCGAGGACUAUGACUCUACGUAUGUUCCUGAGACAGAGCAUGAGGAGACCCCAUAUGAUGGGGGUGACACAUACACCGAUGAGGACAAUGAUGAAAGUGAUGCCCGUUUCGCCCAAAUGGGUGAAUUACUUGAGUGGUAUCAAAAGGAGAAACUGAGGAGAGACCUUAGGCGCCAAGCGAGGCGUGGCUCUCGUGGUGGUUCGGGUCAAGGGAGCCGGGGAGCUUCCGUGGCCACCCCAGCGGCGUCACAAGGUGGGCGUGAAGGAGGUUUUGUUGUGAGAAUCUCCAAGUACCUCAAGGAGGCUAGGGCCUUGGGGUGUAGGUCCUUUGACGGCACCAGUGACAUUACCGUUGCCGCCGAUUGGAUUAAGAAGGUGAAGGAUGCAUCAAGAGACAUGCAAAUCACACCGGACGUGAAGUUGACUGUCGCUUCACGGCUACUUGAAGGGAUGGCUUCUACAUGGUGGGAAGGUGUAGAAGGGAAAUACCGUGGGGACAUCUCAUGGGAAAAUUUUGAGCAAGAAUUUUAUGCUCAAUACUACUCCGAUUUCGAGGUUAAUGUGAAAAGGAGGGAGUAUACCAACCUCAAGCAGAAAGAGGGUUGCACGGUUAAGCAACUGGAGCAGGAGUUUAGGACCUUGGCUAGGUUCUUACCGGAGUAUGCGAUCGAUGAGGACCGCAUGACUGAGCACUUCUGGGAUGCCCUACUCUUGGACAUCCGAGAUCGUGCCACGUAUUCCCGCCUCAUGACCUUUAGUGAGGUGGUAGAGCAGGGCAUGCUUGGAGAGGCCCAAUGGAACGAGAGGAAAGCAAGGGACGCCGAAGAGGCAAAGAAGAGGAAGUGGAAUAAUUCGGGGCCACCCGAUCAUUCUCGAAGGAACAACCACGGGGGUGGUGGUGGCGGUGGUUCAUUCAAGACGCCGGCUCCACCGGCAAAGAAGAAUAGGGAUGCGAGGUGGCACGGACCUAGGCCACAGAACUCGGGGCCACCUAGAUGUCCCAAUUGCUCAAAACAACACUUUGGGAAGUGCAAUGAACCACCGAGGUGUUUUAAGUGCGGGAAUGCGGGCCAUAUGAAGGCCAAUUGCCCUCAAUUGAUGCAAGAGAGUGCCUCGGGAGCCGGGGGAGGGACCAUGACGGGAAGGAACCGUGCGGGACCGUCAAACGGCGGCACGGGAAGAGGCGGCGCAUCCACAAGCCAUGCCGCAUCCGUCAACCAAGGUGGGACCCAAGCCCGAGUGUACGCGAUGACCGAGGCGGAUGCGAGAGCAAACCCGGACUCCGUUGCAGGUUGAAGCUAGGGCUUGCUACCUGCACCUUUCUACGGGUGACAUCAAAUCAAGGAAGACGUGGUUCGUGCUUCCUCUUUUUAUUUCAAAUUACCAAACAUUGCUCAUGGAUAUUUUUUAUUUGUCAUAAACUAUUCUUUUGGGGCUUGCAUGCCCAUGUUAUUGGCCGGUUGUGGCUUAUGACUUACCGUUGAAUAUUUCCG